CCGCGAGCGAGCGAGCCAGCCAGCCGGAGGGAGCGAGCGAGCGAGCCGACCAGCGCAGCGAUGGAGCGCACGCACCCCGACAGCUUGCCCCAGGAUUUGUCCGAGGCCCUGAAGGAGGCCACCAAGGAGGUGCACACCCAGGCGGAGAAUGCCGAGUUCAUGAAGAACUUUCAGAAGGGCCAGGUGACUGCCGAGGGUUUUAAGCUGGUGAUGGCCUCCCUGUACCACAUCUACGUGGCCCUGGAGGAGGAGAUUGAGCACAACAAGGAGAACCCGGUCUACGCCCCGCUCUACUUCCCGGAGGAGCUGCACCGCAAGCCUGCCCUGGAGCUGGACAUGGCCUUCUGGUACGGCCCCCGCUGGCAGGAGACCAUCCCCUACACGCCGGCCACGCGGCGCUACGUGCAGCGCCUCCAGCAGGUGGGGCGCGCAGAGCCCGAGCUGCUGGUGGCCCACGCCUACACCCGCUACCUGGGCGACCUGUCUGGCGGCCAGGUCCUUAAGAAGAUCGCCCAGAAGGCCCUGGACCUGCCCAGCUCCGGCGAGGGCGUGGCCUUCUUCACCUUCCCCCACAUCGCCAGCGCCACCAAGUUCAAGCAGCUCUACCGCUCGCGCAUGAACUCCCUGGAGAUGACCCCCAGCGUCAGGCAGAGGGUGGUGGAAGAGGCUAAGGCCGCCUUCCUGCUCAAUAUUCAGCUCUUUGAGGAGUUGCAGGAGCUGCUGGUCCAGGACGCCCAGGGCCAGAGCCCUUCGCAGGCACCAGGGCUACGCCAGCGGACCGGCAGCAGGACCCAAGACUCCACCCCCGUGGAGCCCCCCAGAGGGAAGUCCCAGCUCAGCAGCCUCUCCCAGCCUCCGCUCCUUCGAUGGGUCCUGACACUCAGCUUCCUGGUGGCAACGGUCGCCAUGGGGCUUUACGCCAUGUGAAUGCCAGCGUGCCGGCCCCCGGGGCCAGGAACUCAGCUUCCUUAUCAGAGGACAAUCUCUUGGCCGGCUUCCCUAUCUUGGGCACAGGAGGCUUCCAGGGCCCCCAGCCCUCCCCCGCCAUGACCCACGUCUCUGGAAAGGAGGAAGGAGUGGGUGGCGUCUUCCCCUGCCCGGAGAACAUUCAGCCAGUGGGGUGAGGGCCGCCCUGCCCGCCACAGCCCCUGUCCCUGCAGCAGAGCCCAGAAGAUGCAGGAGCCCCGGCGGCCGUCCUCAGCGUCCCAGCGCCUGGAGUUUGUGGCUUCCUUGUUGAUGCCACCGUGACCGUGUGCCCUGUGGGUCAUGGCCACUUUUGUAUCAAUGUGAAGAUGUUAUGUCUCGUGUUCACUCUUAUUUCUGUUGGAGCCUCUUUUUGUUCCCGGCUCACCCCAAGUGGUGAUAUUUUGUUGUGUUCUGUUUUUUUUGUUUUUUGUUUUUUUAAAUAUCAGGGUGGGGCUGGGGAGGGCGGUGUUUAACAGCACCGUGGCCUUGGUCUCUAACUUCUGUGUGAAAUAAUAAACAGCAUUGUAUGAUA